AUGGAGUCCCUGUCGACUUCGCCCGGCCGCGAGCCGACUUCUCUCUCUUCCCUGUCUCGAGCCCACUAUGACCACUCUUCGACGGCCGAUGCAGUUGUCACUGCCUCUCUAACAUCGACUGCGACAUCACCUUCGCCUUCACCUUCGCUAUCCACCUCCACUGUCAACACUCUACCCUCGACGUCUGUCUCCGUCUCCGUUCCUGCUCUUGACCCUGCUUCUGUCGCUACCUCCAAUCCCGUUUCUGCCCAUCAGUCCUUGUCGCAGCAGCCGCCAUCGAGAGACAACUGCGAGCGACGCCGCGAGGGUGAGGAAGAAGUCCCCUCCAAGGGUCUCGUCAAGAUGCCCUUCGACCUCGUUGGCAAGACUUUAAGUCCCUUUCUCAAGGAGCACAUCCCCGACCAGUAUGCUCCCGUUGGCAAGAAUCUCAAGAGAGACGACCAGACCGGCACUGGCAAUGCCUUGGUCAAUAUUAAGGAUCCCAAUACCAAGUACUGCUAUCGCCAUCGCCCCGAUUCAAAGUGUCGUCGAGCCGCAGAUGAGACCAAGAUGGGAACCAUUCAACGGGAGCUCAACAGCCUCUCAUCCGCCGAUCAGGAAGCAAUUACCCACGUCUGGUCUUUGUUCUCUGCCGCCCCAGCCAAACAUCGCGAACUGAUGCUGCAGGGCAUCAUCACCCAAUGCUGCUUCCCUCAGCUCUCGACCGUCUCCCGCGAAGUCCAAGAACAACUCAAGAUCGAUUUCAUCGCCACCUUGCCCGUAGAAUUAUCGUACAAGAUCUUGUGUUAUUUAGAUACCGUGUCGUUGUGUAAAGCUGCGCAGUGUGGCUGGGGUCUGCCGCUAUUAGAGCGGAAAAAGCUCAUGGCAUGGAGCCGGCAUCAACAGACGGCGCACCCAAAUCCAUCCAAUCGCGCCGCCGAAACUUCUGCUGAGCCCGCCUCAGCUCCCGCCCAAGGUUCCAACAAAAGGGCCAUGGUGGUCCGCGACGACAGCGGGGCCAAGAGAUCACGGGUCAACAAAUCGGGCAACGGUCGGGCGCAACUCGACGAGGAGCGAAAGUUUCGACCAUGGAAGGAUGUGUAUAGGGAUCGUUACAAGGUUGGAUAUAACUGGAAGACAGGACGCUGUUCCAUCAAGACAUUCAAGGGCCAUGAGAACGGGAUCACCUGCCUGCAAUUCGACCACAACAUCUUGGCGACCGGAUCCUACGACACAACCAUCAAGAUUUGGAAUGUCGAGACGGGAGAAUGCAUCCGCACGCUGCGUGGACACACCUCGACGAUUAGGACCCUGCAGUUCGACGACGCCAAGCUAAUCAGCGGAAGCUUCGACAAGACGAUCAAGAUCUGGAACUGGCACACGGGCGAAUGCAUCAGUACACUCCAGGGCCACACAGACGGUGUGCUCUCCAUCCACUUCGAUGGGUGCAAGCUCGUUUCGGGAUCUAUCGACAAGACGGUCAAGAUCUUCAGCUUCGAUACCAAGCAAACCUGGACGCUACGGGGCCAUUCCGACUGGGUCAACCAUGUGCGCCUCGACUCCGCAUCUCGCACCGUCUUCUCAGCCUCCGACGACCUCUCUGUCAAGCUGUGGGACCUAGAUUCGAAGCAAUGUAUAAAGACUUUCUUGGGCCAUGUCGGACAAGUGCAGCAAAUCUUGCUGAUGCCGCCAGACUUUGAGCCUGACGAGGACCCCAACGCUGACAAGACCGAUGCUGCAUCAGCGAGCAGCGGACGGGGCGAUUCCCCAACACCUCUUCCAGACCAGACAUCCGACCAGCGUGCUGCGUUUGGCUCCGGCUUCGUGUCGGAUCCUUCCAGGCCUUUGCCUCCUCGCUACAUGCUUACCGGUGGCCUCGAUAACACGGUCCGACUGUGGGACAUUGCCACGGGCAAAUGCAUCCGCAGCAUGUUUGGUCACGUCGAGGGCAUCUGGGGCUUGGUGGGCGACACUCUCCGUGUCGUCACCGGUGCCAAUGAUUCUAUGACCAAGGUCUGGGAGCCUCGUUCCGGCAAGUGUGAGCGCAGCUUCACUGGCCACGCUGGCCCAGUGACUUGCGUCGGGCUGAGCGAUAGCCGCAUGGCAAGUGGCAGCGAGGAUGGAGAAGUUCGCCUGUACAGCUUCGAAGGCACCAGCUUGGAGGAAAGGGGAACGCCGUCUUAG